AUGGAGUAUGAGACGGGUGGGUGUCUGCGCGGGUUGUUCCGCUGCUUCGUGUGCGUGUCGCUGGCUACCCUGCUAGGGCUGCACGUGUACGGGUACUUCUGGGGCCCGGCCUCCGACGGCUUCGACGGCGACUUCAGCGAUAUCAAAUAUGUCGUCAUGCAGCUCACGAGAGGGCUAUCUGAGGUGAACCGCAAGCACGAGAACCUAAAGACCGAGAUGGACCGCAUCUCAUCAGCUCUACCAUCAGUAGCGGCGGCGGCGGGCCGCGCGCGGGAGUCGCUGCAGUCCACCUGCUGUCGGAACACCAAGUCCAUCGACGUACAUGACUUCGAUCGACAGGUCACAGACUUCGCGCUAGAAUCAGCAGGCGCCAGAAUCAUAGACACGGGUGACACAGUGGAGCACAUACUGUAUGAGUCCCCGGUGGGGUACGCGCUGCACGUGCUCGCCUCCUGGCUGUGCCGCGGCCACGAGUGUCUCAACGCGCGCGUCAUGCUGCGGCCCGGGUCGCUGCCGGGGGAGUGCUGGGCCUUCAGGGGAGCCACGGGUGAAGCCACCAUCCGCCUGCUCGGGACUGUGCAGGUCACGGGCGUUAGCCUCGAACAUAUACCCGCACACAUUUCGCCAACCAAGGAUAUAUCUUCAGCUCCGCGAGUCUUUACGGUGGAAGGCCUAGAAUGUCGCGGGGAACCGUUCCCGCACGACUUUGGAACCUUCGAGUACAUCAAGGACGGUCGACCGAUCCAGUACUUCUCAGUCACCAACCCCGUCGCCAAGGGUUUCAACAUGAUCAGGCUACGGAUAAUAUCCAACUGGGGACACCCUGUGUAUACCUGCGUCUACCGGUUCAGGGUGCACGGUGAACUCUUACCAGGACAAACGCCUAUCGAAGACGACAUGCGAAUAGAUAACGAAUAA